UGCUAAGUACCAAGCAAGCUAGUGGUCAUUUUUACACUAUAAAUAGUGAAAUAGGUACAUGCUCUUGCCCUAUCGGAAUAGCAGGUGCUCCAUGUAAGCACCAAGGAGCUGUUUCAAUGAAAUUUCAUGUCUCUACAUUUAAUUUUAUCCCAUCUUUGACGCCCAACGAUCGCAUAACUUAUACUUAUAUUGCUCUUG